GUCUGCAAGAGUUUCCUCUGUCUCAUCUGUUGCAGAGCUGCUGCAGGAGAGGCAGCUGCGGCGCCGCAUCCCGCACCGAAGGAACGCGUCCUCUGCGCUCCGGCGCGUUUCUUGUGCGUAAAACCAAAAACGAUCCGACCCCACACCGGGAGGACUGGGACUGAAAAACGGAAGCAGGACUUUCUGAUGAGGAGCGGACCUUUUGUUUUUGUUAAAUCCAAUCCGAGGACAGGGGGAGCCGAAGGAUUUGUGUUUCUUUCCUAAAAAACUGAGAAGCGCCAAGUGGGGACAGAAAACAUGAACUCCGUGCUCCUCUGUGCGCUUCUGUUGGUAAAAGUGACUCUUGGAAAGGCGUGUCUCAGCGGUGAGCUCACUGAAUCGGGGCAGUGUUGCAGUUUGUGUCCUGUUGGCUUUGGAGUGGAGGUACCGUGCGGGAAGGAGGAUACCAAAUGUGCACCGUGUCCACAAGGAACAUUUUCUUCAACCGAAAGCCUCGAACCUUGCUCACCGUGUGUCACGUGCCCACCUAGCAUCCCCACACUAGCCUCCUGCUCAGCCUCCAGUGACRCAGAAUGCGGGUGCGACACCGGCUACUUCCUCUACAAACUUUACAGCAUGUGCGCGCCGUGCUCCAAGUGUAGGCGUGGCGAGGGCGUGACCCAGGAGUGCACGCACCGGGGGGACCGGCUGUGCCAGAUCUGCGGCCCGGGGACCUUCUCGGAGGAGCAUCACGGCACCAAACCGUGUCAGACCUGCACCCGGUGCUCCGACAGCGAGGUGGAGAUCCGUGCCUGCCUGCCUAACUCCGACACGCUCUGCAUGGAUAAGAAGCUGCACAUCAUGUCUCGUCCUGCCGAUGCAGACGGAGYCCAGGCCACCUCUCAGUGGUCCGUUUCAGAGGAGGAGGUCAACCGCACACCAGAACCGUCCAAGUUCACCCCGUUGGACGACGGGGGAAGCAGCAACAUCAUUGCUUACGUGUCUGUUCUGGCAGCUGUGGUGCUGGGAUUAAUCAUUUAUGUGGCUUAUAAAUGUUGGAGGUCGUGCAAACAGAAGAGGGCUCUGUCUAAGGCUCACGCAGCUGAGCUGGCAACGUCUCCGGAAGGAGAGAAACUCCAAAGUGACAGCGGGGUUUUCCUGGACUCCUACAGCCUGCAGGACAACCAGCUCAAUAAAGGCACUAAAAGAGACAGCAAGCACGACAACCGUCUGUACAUCAACCUGCCCCCCCAGCGACAGGAGGAGGUGGAGCGCCUCCUGCAGGAGGGCAGCGGCUGGGGGUGGAGGCACCUGGGCGGGGCGCUGGGCUACGAGCCCGAACAGCUGGACCUGUUCGGACGAGGCGAGGCUCCGGCCCGCACGCUCCUCUCUAACUGGGCCCAGAGGGACGGCUCCACCCUGGGGCUGCUGUUCUCUGCGCUGGCCCGUAUCGAGAGACCCGACGUGGCCGCGGCGCUGAACUCCACCUCUCAGGGGGCCUCUGUGGUCUGACGGCCUGUUGUCUCUGAGAGACGCUCACAGACUGAAGAACCUGAACGUGAAACGGGACAAACUGUCACUGGAAGCUACCGUACUCAGUUUUCACUUCUGCAACAAACAAGAAAAGUGAUGCUUAUUACAAAAUAUAAUAAUGAUCCAUAAAGGCACA